AUGACAUCUGUCCCAACAUCCGAUGGAGAGCGGGCGAGUGUCUUGUGGCGUGAGGCAAACGAGUUAUAUCUAUCGGGGAAGUUUCUUCCAGGUAUGAUAUCAUUAUUCCAUUUGCUUAAAGAGUAUGGUGUUUGACUCUUCAUCUUAUAGCUUUGAGAAAAUAUCAAGAAUAUGCCAACCUUCAACCGCCCAGUUAUGCAUUACUUGACAAUAUAUCGGCAGCGUACUUCGAGGUCGGGGAUUAUGGUCAAUGCAGCAUCGAGGUUAGAAAAGCUCUCGACCUUUUGCAGAUUUACGGUAGUGGGGAUGCAACUUUCGUAGAGAAGCUCCAACAGCGGAUAAAAAAUGCGGAGUUACUUUCAUAUGAAUCAUCUGGAUUGAAGCAGCAGCAAACCAGAUUACGGAUUCUCGAAAGAUUGCCUCGCUAUCGGCCAACAUUGUAAGGUUCAUUCUAAAUUCUUUGAGUUAUCUGACCCGUUAUUCCACAGCGCCACUACGAGAGCAUAUUGCACAGUCGGCAACGAGAAACCCACCUCAUUGUUCGAUCUCACCAUUGGUAAAAAUGAGCCUACGUCUAAUAGUGUCUCCUUUCUAUUUGGGGAUAUUGGUGACGCACGUAACUUACUCCAAACCAUCGCUGGGAUUGCUGAGCUCGAGAAGAAACACCGCUUAAAGCAAAAGCAAUAUCAUCUCACCAUGGUUGAUGUCAGCCGAAACACUCUUACAAGAGACCUGAUCAUUUUCAUGCUACUGGAAGAACUUUCUGGCCUUGAAACGAAAUCUAAAGAAGCUGAAGAAGUCUUGACUACAUUGUUUUUUGUCUUCGUCGCAUUCAUUAUGCCCCGCAUUGCCUAUAAUCACUUGUAUCGCACCAUCGACCGUGCCCUCUCCGCCCUGCAGUCUGAUAUGCAACCUUUGAGCUGGAUUUACCUUCCUAGGAAGGAUUUUCUCUUUUACAUCCAAACCUUGGAAAGUUGGAAAGGCAGGGCUUCCACUACUAUCAGCGCUCCCACCGCAGUAGAUGAAGUAACUCGCCAACUACGCCGAGACCAAAUGCUAUUGCCUUCCGCAUUGCGGCGUGAUAAAGAUGUGCCUGCUCCUUUUAAAAAGGAGAAUAAGCUCUACAAGUCUACAGCUAUUCUCAUACCUCCCAAAACAGUUUCUCAAAACCACGACCGUGAGAUACUGCCACUACUUCAAGCUCAUAUUAAAAAUCCGGAAAAGAAAGCCUCAAAGUUUAGAGAGCAUGUGCGCAAUAAAUGGAACUUCAACACAACCCGCAUGGAUCUUGAUUGGUAUGAUUUCCUCGAGGACAAACAUGACUUUGAUUUUGCCAAUGAUCCUUUUCUUGAACUAGACAAUUUCGCCUCUGUAUCCAAAACUUUACCUACAAAAAUGAAGGCUCCAGCCACUUUGUAUGAUUACAUUGCUCCAUUUUUUUCAGAAGCCGCCGACUCCAUCAAAUAUCUCAGAGGUCGUCUCCAGGUCGAAGCAAUUUGCGAAGAUUUUGUUGAGGUCGCGGAGAAACUGAGAUUCGGUCUGUACCGCGACAACAACAGUUUACAAUCAUCUGAGGCCGCAGCAACGGACGAAAUCCGUUGCAAAAACUUCCCAGUACUGUAUGACCGAAUAUAUUUGGGUAAUGUUGCGUAAGUAUCCUGUCUUCUCAUUUGAAAUUUUUUAAAAUGCUUUGACUUCACACCGGCAGUAUAUGAAGGGCAUUCAUUACUCAAUCUUCUGAGCAACUAGGGCGUAUUGAGUCAUAAUUCUAGCCACGAAAAAUGUCGAAUUUUUUUGAUUUGGCAUUAAUCUCGAUUACUGCUAUUUAAAACUGACUUUUGCAGUGAUUACAUAGGCGGGCACCUUUCUUCAUAUCUUCAUGCUUCACCACUUUUGAAACCGCUAUCCUCCAGUUUCGUUCAAUCAAACCUUCUACGGAAUGUACCGGACACAGUUGAUAUUGAAAAAUUCCUUGCUGAAUAUCACAUCGUUGCCGACACCAAAAUGGCCGAACAACUUACCUCUGUGACGGUUCUAUCGCGUGCUGAGGGGCCAUGGCCUACGGGGAACUAUAUACGCUAUGGAAUUUCACAGUCUCUCUUCCGAGGUUUCGAGCAGUUACUCCCUCGAAAGCCCUUCAAGAGAUGGCUCUAUGCUUUGUUCUUCCGUCUCGCUAUACCAUUCCCAUUGAAGAUGACGGCGGAGGCUAGACCUAUUUCGUCGCCUCUUACCCUCACAAUUAUAUUCCGUAUUAUAGCUCAUUUACGUAUCAUAGGUUAUCCCUGUCAUUGGAUGGCUGACGUUUUAUCUAGAAUAUUAGAAAACACAGUCCAAACUAAAGUCAGUACGCCGCAUCAGUCUCAGACCCCAGCCAAAAAAGAAAAGCGCGAGCAUACUAGAAGGCACCUUUGCACUACGCCAUUUGUUCAAGAGAUGGCAACCCUUACGAGAAUAUUCGAACCUCUGCUCCCUUUCUUGCUACCCUCUCCAGCUGCCAUUCCAGAAGCGAAAAAUAUAUUCAACUACAAAUUCCACCUUUCUAAUAUCAGCCGAAAACGGGAUCCUUCCAUCCGGCUUGGGCACCUUACACUUCUCUUUUACGAUUAUGGAGCCCUGCGAAAAUGUGGAAUGAGCAUACCAGUUUUACUCUUCUCAAUCGUGGGAGUCCCUACGGGCGAAAAAGAUGAAGCAGAUAAAUCCGCUGAGAUUGAGAAUUUCAGGGAAAAUGGAUUAUUCGUUUGGACUACGAUAGAAUAUGAUGCAGAGCAUAGCAUUGUAAGGGCUUGGAUGCCAAGCGAUUUCGUUGAAAAGAUGGAAAGGGAUUUGUGGAGAUGUGGGCUGUGGAGAGUGGAUACUUGGGAGAAUGUUCAUUCUGGGCCUUUUAUUGUAAGGGGCUCAGUGCUUAAAGGGGAGAGAUGGGAAGGUAAUGCAUAG